ACCUCCCUUAAUCGAGAAGGUGCUCCUUGCCUGUAGGUGCCAUAGGAAGAGGGAGAAAUGGGACUGCUUCCGAGAAGAGAGCCGCCUGGCAAUGUAUGGUCCCUGGUGAUCCGAGCUGAGGAGAAACCUUGACCUUGAAGAUGGUGAGUAGCCAGCCAAAGUACGAUCUAAUACGGGAGGUAGGCCGCGGUAGUUACGGUGUUGUAUAUGAAGCAGUCAUCAGAAAGACUUCUGCAAGAGUAGCAGUGAAGAAAAUUCGAUGCCACGCUCCUGAAAACGUUGAACUGGCCCUUCGUGAAUUCUGGGCACUAAGCAGUAUCAAGAGCCAACAUCCAAAUGUGAUUCACUUGGAGGAAUGCAUCCUACAAAAAGAUGGACUGGUGCAAAAGAUGUCCCACGGCUCUAACUCUUCCCUUUACUUACAGCUUGUGGAGACUUCAUUAAAAGGAGAAAUUGCCUUUGAUCCCAGAAGCGCCUAUUAUUUGUGGUUUGUAAUGGAUUUUUGUGAUGGAGGAGAUAUGAAUGAGUAUCUGUUAUCCAGGAAACCCAAUCGUAAAACCAACACCAGCUUCAUGCUUCAGCUCAGCAGUGCCCUGGCUUUCUUGCAUAAAAACCAGAUCAUCCACCGAGAUCUGAAGCCUGACAACAUCCUGAUUUCACAGAGCAGGCUGGACACCAGUGACUUGGAACCCACACUGAAAGUGGCCGAUUUUGGCCUAAGUAAAGUUUGUUCAGCAUCUGGGCAGAACCCAGAAGAACCUGUCAGCGUAAACAAGUGUUUCCUUUCUACAGCAUGUGGAACGGAUUUCUACAUGGCUCCUGAAGUAUGGGAAGGACACUAUACAGCCAAAGCUGACAUCUUUGCUCUGGGGAUUAUCAUUUGGGCAAUGCUGGAAAGGAUCACAUUCAUAGACACAGAAACAAAGAAGGAGCUCUUAGGGAGUUAUGUAAAACAAGGAACUGAAAUUGUGCCUGUUGGGGAGGCACUUCUUGAAAAUCCCAAAAUGGAACUUCUCAUUCCUGUGAAGAAAAAAUCUAUGAAUGGGCGAAUGAAACAACUGAUUAAAGAAAUGUUGGCUGCAAACCCUCAGGAUCGUCCAGAUGCUUUUGAACUAGAACUCAGAUUAGUACAAAUUGCAUUUAAAGACAGCAGCUGGGAAACGUGACAUGAUUUGCAAGUAUCUUGGGUGAUAGGCUGCUUCUGAUUCACAGUGAUGCAACAUUAUAUGGCCAGAAAAGAAAACAAAAAGCUAAACUCCACCUUCUUUUAAGGGUUUAGAGUUUAUUGUGGGGUAGUUUUUGGUUUUGUUUUCAUUUUUCUUAAUCUAAGCAGGCCAUUUUAUUAUUAUGUUUUGAAUGUCUAUUACCAAUGUGAGUACAAAUUUUUUUAAUGAUCAUUGGUAGAGGUUUGGCAGGAAAAUUCUCUUAAGAGCCAAGAAGAGAAGAGAGUCCAGUUUUCUGAGAAUAUGUCUUUAAGUAUUUUAGACAUUCCUUGUCAGUAUUAGGCAUUUCCAUGGAAGAAGAGGUUUGCAUGCUGGUAAUGCAACCUUUGAAGCUUUGUAAAGGAAACAUAUAUGUAUAUAUUUAUGUAUAUGUAAGUAUGUGAAUGUGUGCAUUUUGCAUUCCAUAUGAAGAAAAUGCCACAUCUGUUUAAAUUAUUUGAUAGAGGUUUGGGUUUUUAAGAUUUGCUGGUGAAAUCAGUGAUGAAAAAUAAACAAACCUUCCUUCAUCUUCCUUCCCUGUCCCUUCCUCUAAUGAAAACAUA